UUCUCCGGCCACUUUUCACAGUCAGUUGUACGCGGAGCGCCAGCGAAGAGAUAUCUCAGUGCCAAGAGCGUCGUGUGAUCGAGAACAGUUUUUUGUACCAGCUUUUUUGAGAUACUUUACCGAGAGAGUCUAACAAUGGAGGCCCCAUCGACCAAGGAGUACCCGACAAUGGGCAAGGACUUCAUCAACGAGCUGGAGUCAUUCGAUACCACCAAAAUGAAAGAUGUGAAUACGCAAGAGAAAAUCAUCAUGCCAACUGCCGAAGAUGUGCAGUUUGAGAAGCGAGAGGCGAGUCUCUUCAAGGGGAUUCAAUCUUUUGACACGGCCAAACUGAAGCACGCCGAGACCAAAGAGAAGAACCCACUGCCCGACCAGGAAGUGAUUCAGCAGGAGAAAGGCGUGCAGCAGUUGAUUUCUGGCAUUGAGAACUUCGACCAGGGCAAGCUGAAGCACACUGAGACGUGUGAAAAGAACGUAUUGCCGACCAAAGACAUCAUCGAGGAGGAGAAGAAAACGGCGUAAGCGCUUCGCGAGCGAAGGAAGCAUUGUGAAAGACCGAAAAAGUCCAUAAAAAUUUGAGAGAAGAAAUUACGGAUUAAUCAAAAUAAUUUACAUCGAACUUUAUAUGAAAUAUUUUAAUAGCGAUUUUUCUAAUUGCAUUUCUCUUUGUGUUUUCCUCGAUGAGAUAAUGAUCUAAAAUUUGAUGUGAGAAGAUCGUAUUCCAUAUAAUUUUCCAUGUUUUUUCUCUAAUUCCUUAGCAUUUAAGACAAGUAAUCUUUCUAUUAUACUGUAUUCUUUUAGUGUUCUACAUGUAUGUCUUAUUUUACCAACUUCUACACGAAAAAAAAAACUACUUAAUCAACAUAAUCCUACGUCGUAUAUAACAUAUUAACUAAAAAUAAUCAACAAUAUUUGUAAUGGAGAGAAAAAUCAAGUAUAAUAAUUGAAGUGAAAAAGGAAAAUGGAGUGUAUAUCCUCCCAUUCUUUUGUACUCUUUUCUACCAGCAUUUAAGUGAGAAAAUUUUUCUAAAUAGAUUUAUAUGUGAUCGAGAUAUUGUAGCAGUUUUUGUGUUAAUUCUUCAUCAUAAUAAGUCACUAUAUAUUUUUAAUAAGAGAACGAAAUUUUAAAAAUUCUUUUGCAUUAUAUACCUUUUGGAAAACGAAUCGAAAAUUGAUGUUUUGCUGGCGAUGGAAUUACAAUACAGAUGGAAUUUCGCAUUAGAUGUCGAAAUGAUUAAAUUACAGAUCAAUUAUAUUGUUCUGGUGCUUCAAUAAAUCAUUUAAAAAUAA